AUGCCAGAGGAGGGGGGGCGGUGCCUUCAGGUCUUGGACUACAACUCCCGGCGUGCCCGUUGAUCGAGAAGCGGAAGGGACCGGAACCGGAUGUUCCUCGUCGCUCCUGUGGCGGAGCGUCCGGGAAAUGGCCACUGGGACCGACCAGGCGGUGGGACUGGGCCUCGUCGCCGUUAGCCUGCUCAUCUUCACCUACUACACCGUCUGGGUGAUUCUUCUGCCCUUCAUCGACAGCCAGCAUGUCAUCCACAAAUACUUCCUGCCCCGACCCUAUGCAGUUGUCAUCCCACUGGCUGGGGGCCUCCUGCUGCUCCUGUUUGUGGGACUGUUCAUCACCUACGUGAUGCUGAAGAACCAGAAGGAGACCAAGAAGGCCCAGUGAGAGGUGGGCAGGGGUGAGGCUGCUGGCCCCUUCUCUGCAUUCCCUUCGAGCCAGGGACCAAGGGCUGCAGCCUGCAGGACAAUCUGGGCAUGGUGCCUCCAGCCUGGCUGCCCCACAGCCAGCUCCAGAGAGCUGCAUAGGAGCCAGCCUCUGACGGACUGGAGCCCCCUCUCCCACUCACCAUCCCAGAAGCCCGGGGGGCGGAGGACCAGAAGCUGCUCACUCACCUGCUUUUGUCUCAGCCGAAUCCUGAUGGUCCUGACCUCACUGUCGGACUCCUUGUCACGUUUCCUCUGGGCUCUGCCUCUUGCCCCAGUUUCCUUCCUGUCACAUGCUCAUGACGGGACCUCACAGGUUCCGGGACCGCACGUGACCUCUCCUUUCCUCCUGCAUGUCCUCCUCUCCACAAAGGCAGUUCUUCUGAAUGUGACACAGCCCAGCUCCCACAGGGACCUCUGGGCCUGGAAAGUUCUAGGAAAGGACUGACAGAUCCCAGGACCACAGGGGCACAGCAGUCCCCUCAGCCCCAGGCCUCUUCGGAAGAAGUGAGGAAUAAAGGUUGAUCAUGUGUU